GCAACAUUGAGGUUAUGUGACAAGUGAAAUGUUUUUGACUGCAUUUGAUUUUGAAAAUAAGGAAAUGUAGUCAAACUAAUUUUGCGUAUGAAAUGUAAACGAUGACAGCCUACCCUCAUGUACGUGCGAGCCUGGUAUUAUGCACAGCAACUCUGUUACUUCUGCUGGUCUUCUCAGCGCAGAAUUGGUUGUCAUGGUUUGAUGAAACGUCUGUUCAGCAAAAUGGAAAUGAUAGCUUAUUUAAUAACACUCUUGGUGAAGGUGGGGAACAGCGACAGGUACAAGAUUUUAUAGAAAUUUCUGAAAUCCUACCAAAUUGCGGGAUCAAGGAGCAAUGUCCUGAGGAGUCAUUUCCUGUCCAUAUCUACACAGGGCAAGAUAAGGACGACCAACCCAAACUGUGCAUAAGGGGAAAAUAUGUCAUAGGCAACAACAUCAAUGGAGGAGGGAGGGGAUUGAAUGCUGCCAUUGUUGACUCAGUCCACUUCCAAGUUAUAGCAGUGCACAACUUUGACCUCUAUAGCCAGAACAGCACCUCUCUAGAACUGUGGUUGGCCAAUCAGGUCCUAGAUAACGACAUCAUUAUCGUCUUCACGUUCGAUGAGGCCUCAAAAGAACUUAGCCGCAAGGCGAAAUUGUCACUCUAUAGACUAGGAAGUGGCAAAAUCCAAGAUUUGCAAUUUCGAUCACAAUGGUACAUGAUUUCACAGAAAGGAAUCAAUGGUUUCACCUCUCUUGAAAAGUUAAAUUUUGCCAAAAAUGACCGCUGGGGAGAAGUAAUUGAUGAGAGAAUUUGUGUGCCAAGGCAAAUUCCACCAGUCACUAUUACUCCUGACCCGCCUCCAAGGAAGAAUCCGAUGAGAGAGAAAUUUUGUGAAACAGUUGAUGAAAUGAAGUGCAAGGAAUUCUGUGGAGCUAUAGCUCAGCACGAAGCUAUCUACCCAGCUCUUUUGACCAAUCGUAGCUUGAUAGGAAACCCAGUCUACUCUACGCCCUUGAUUGUAGUUGGCGGUUCUUCUCUGGAUACACUUUCUCUCACUCUUCAGACUUUAAUCCAUCAACCAGGUAUCCACAGCCCAAGUGUACUUGUCCUCUAUCCAGAAGCUAACGAAGAAAUGGCAGAGUUGGUAAGAUUGUUCUCCUUCCAACCAGUUCCGAUCAACUCAACAGCUAACAAUGAACACAUAUUGUUUGGGCUACGGUUAGUAAAGAAACGCUUUCCAAACAAGAAAUAUGCCAUAGUUCUUGAUGAAGGGUUAAUCUUGUCCCCUGACUUUUUAUUCUACAUGGCUCAGUUGGUUUUUCUUUUCCAAAAAGACGACUCAAUUUUUGCAAUAUCUGCUUGGAACUCAAAUGGUUACAAAAACAUCUCCAGUAAUCCUCACUUGGCUUAUCGAUCCGAACAUUUCCCAGGACUUGGGUUUUUGUUGCCUCUCAGUGUUUUCGAUAAAUACUUAGAAGGGAAUUUCUCCUCUUGCUGUAGCCAGCCAACAGUUCUCGGCUGGAAUAUUAAUGGCAGUGUUGUGAUUCCUGAUGUGUCGAGAGUUCUUCGAAGACCCAAAGACUUUCUUCACUUCCCUCCAAAAGACCCUCAGUUCCAACUCUUCACUCAAUCUAGAGCUACCAACAUGGAUGAUUCUGCUUGGAUUGAGAAGCCUCAGGAGUUGGUCAAAGAAAGAUACUUCCAACAGCUGGUGAAUCUCAUCCAGGAAAGCACAACCUUCCAUUUGUCUGACUCUGACCUUCAUUUGUGUCGGGAGGGAACUAAUGCUGCUGCCUUGCAAAUGCUGCAUGAGUUUUCUGGGAGGGUUUUUGCCAUUUACUACAGUGAAAUGGAUUACAAAAACUCAACUACUUUGAAAACGAUUGCCAGAUGCUUUGGAAUGUCCAUGCCACCAGAUAUAAAACCCCAAGGGUUGUACCAAGAUGUUUUCAGGUUUGCCAUUGAUGGAAGCACAGUGUUGUUAAUAGAAUCACAAUCACCUUUCUUCAAGUCAAAACUUCGAUCUGUCACAAUUUAAAUAGCUUUAUAAAUCUUAUAAAAAUGUUUAGUUUAUAAAAUAUUUAUACAUUUUACAAAACAAGUAUUUCCUUACUUCCUCCAUUCAUAGUAAAAAUCCUACAUUGGUACAAAAAAGGUAAGCUAACCCUUUAUCUUACAGCUAUCCUAAAAAUAUAGAUCUAUUUUCUUACGAUGGGUGAAUGACAUUUAAUUCUAUUGUGAGAGAACAACAAUAUUUUUUAGUCUUUUGUGUUCAAAAUAGCCAGUAAAUGUACAAUAAAGGAAACACUCUUCCAUUAUACCUGAAAAUGGCAGGUAUAU